CACAAACGAUGACGUAAUUCAUCCGGGAGCUUUGUUUAGAAUUGUGCGGRAUACUGGGUACGACAACAAAUUCAAAAUGGCGGACGGCAUGGAGUUGGAGCAAGAUGCCAUGGAGGAAAAGACAGAAAAAAGGAAACAACUUGAAAGCUGGUUAAAUAAAUUGAUGAGGAUAAAAAUAUCUGAUGGCAGGACACUGAUUGGCUCAUUUCUAUGUACUGAUAAAGAUAUGAACAUUAUACUGGGUUCUUGUCAAGAGUUUGUUGGUCAGCCAGGUGUUGAUAAAGAAGAUCCUCGYAUUCUAGGGCUUGCAAUGGUACCUGGGAGACAYAUMAAAUCAAUAGAAAUUGACUUGGAUAGAAAAUACAAUAAGUUUGGAGAAUUUGUUUAACAAAAUGGUGCAUUAUCAUUGGCAGAUAAUGCUGGAUGUGGCUUUGUUUUGGCAGCUUCAAAAUAGAUUGCUGUUUGUGGAUUUAACAUUCAACACUUCUUACUUGUUUAAAAACUACAAAUGCAAAGUGCAUGUUGAUUACUAUCUAUUGAACAACAGUUUUUUUAUUUUCCUUAUUGUACUCUACUGGCUUGGAGUAAAUUAAGACAAAGAUAUUUAGAAGAUGUUGGAUACCCUAAAUAAGGUUAUUGGUGUCUGAUUGUUUGAAGUUAAAGAGAAACAGAUAGUUGCCAAGGGGUUAAACUAUAAAGUACACUAUAAUCAARUGACUGUAUCAUAAAAAAAGACAACAACAUCUAAGCAAUGGAGUCAAGUUUAUAAAAGCAUUUGUUUCACUGAUUAAAAAUAUUAUUUCACAUUGGAAUAAUUGAUAAUUAUGAUUUUCAAUUGCAAUAGUUUAAAAAUAUUGUAUAAUAAUUGCAAAAUUUUUGUUAUAAAACAUUUAUGAAAGCAAAUACAUAGUACAUGUACUAGGAUACCUCUCCUUUGGGGUUCCUGUGUUUGGGUUCUACAUAGCAUGCAUCAACAAUAAACUGUCAUUCAUUCAUC